ACCAUCUCUAUUGCAGGAGGCCAAACCCAUCCACGGUCUAUACUAUAGUGGAUUCCUCGUGAGCGCAGGGGUUUGCGCUGCCGAGAGAAGAUAAAGAUUGUGCGCUAGCUUACCUCCGGAAGCAUCCGUGCACACAUCCACAAUGAUCCUGCUCGAGCCGGAGAAUACUAUCAUCCGUGAGCUGCUGACAUCCCGCUUUGCCAACCCGGCAUCGGUCGAUCAGACGUUCACAGACUUCGAUGGAGUCGCAUACCACAUCGAGUCCACCAAAGCCGGGCCGCUGGCUCUUUCAAUGGACAUCCGCUGCUGGAACGAGCUUGCGCAGUAUGGCGCUAUGGAUAUCAUCAAACGAGAGUAUGGCAGCUAUAUUCGGCCAGAGACGGAAAGCGAAUACAGCCUUACCCUUCAAUUCGAUUACGCCAGCUUGCCGCCCGCAGGUCCUGAGCGCGAUGCACUCAUCCAUUCGGUCUCUCUGAUCAAGCGAAAUGCAAUGGCAGCGCCCUUUGAAAAAGCAUUCGGUAUUCAACGCGAUCUGGAGAAGAUUGCAGAAGGCAACGCGAACCCAGCGGCAGGCUCUGGCGGCACGAGCGCGGGUGACAUCAUGACAAUCAACUACAGAGAUGACGAGGCCAUCUAUGUCAUUCCGGCUGCGGACCGCGUAACUGUCGUUUUUAGCACAACCUUUAAGGAGGAGACGGACAAGAUCUUUGGCAGAGUGUUCCUGCAGGAAUUCGUUGAUGCACGAAGGCAGUCGUCCAUCCAAAAUGCACCGCAGGUCCUGUACUCAAGUCGAGAACCACCAUUAGAAAUCCGGCAGAUCAAGGGUCUGUCACGGGGCGAGAGUGUUGGAUAUGUGACUUUUGUCCUCUUUCCGAGACAUUUCCAGAACGCCGAGGUGACAUUCACGACCGUCAGCCAAAUUCAACUGUUCCGAGACUAUCUGCACUAUCACAUUAAAUGCUCCAAGGCGUAUAUGCAGUCACGCAUGCGACAUCGCGUUGCCGAGUUCCUCAAGGUGCUCAACCGAGCCAAACCGGAGCAGACAGAAAAGGAGCGAAAGACAGCGACGGGCAGGACCUUCAAAAGCAGGGCUUGAGCGCUGUAUUCUAGCUUGCGAGUCUGCAACGCUUCGUUUUGUAACGAGUUCAACCAC